AUGCCGUUCAUGCAUGGUACAAUGCCGCUUCGGCGGACUUUUUAUUAUCUACAGCAAGGGAAAAUCAAAUUCAGGGACGACGUACAGGUAUUCGCUAUGGGCUUCCAUAGGCGGCCUAAUGAAGAGCAACGAGGAGCUCGAGAAUUUGUGUUCUGGCAUUGGGCUCAACUUCAAUUCAAAAAUCCAAAGGUACAGCUCGUCAAGCACAUUGACACCGUCAUUACUCCGUUUGCGAGGGCGUACUUGAAAGACGGUCGUGAGGUAUUGUUCGACUUGGAAGGCUUAAGUCGUGAAGAAAUUGAAACUCGUCUUGCUACCACAUUAGGGAAAACAGAGCUUGUAAAGAAAAGGGAGGAGUUGAUGGAGAUCGCAAAGCUGAACCCUGCCGAUUUUGGUUCAAAGUGCAAAAGACAGUGCAUGUGUGAGGUGCAAGGGCAACAUCCAUGUACGGCACUAUUGCAAGCACCAAAGUACAUGACUGGCAAGUGGAGGUGGAACCACAAUCUGAUAUAG